AUGAUACCAACUCCCAACGGCUGGAGCACCAUGACCUCGAUCGACAAGACACUACACCACAAUCUACGCGCAGUAGUGAGGUCCGGCCUCGGCGCAGAGUACUUAACGCGCUUCGAGCCCGCUAUCCUCCGGCAUCUCAAGAUUUACUUUGGCGAGCUACAGAAGAACCAGGAUCCAGACGGCUGGACUGCUGCGGCCAACAUGAGAAAAUGGAAUCUCUACCUGGGCUUUGACACAAUGGCGGAUUUCGGGCUAGGUCUCAAGACAGACCUGCUCCGCAGCUCCGCCAGAGAGUAUAUAUUCCCAGCCCUACACAUGCACGAGAAGAAGAUGGGCCUCUGGGAACAGCUGCCCAUGCUCAGUAACGCGGGCAUCGGGCGCCUCGUGGGCGCCGUGUUCCCCCUCGUCUCGUCCCCGGCGGCCAACUUUUCCAAAUGGUACCACGGCUUCAUGGAGCUCGCCAUCAGCACCAACACGUCCGAGAGCCACGGGAUAUUCGGCCCCGUCAUCCAGAGCGGCCAGGGGACGCUCAGGAACAAGACUCCAGGCCGCGGCCACGACCGGGAGCAGAUGGUCACCGAAGGCGCAUUCAGCACGUUUUCUUCCGCCGACGCAUAUGGCAUCUUGCUCUCCGGCCUGUUCCACUACCUCUGCCACUACCCACGCGUGUACGAGAAGCUCGCCGCGGACAUGAGAGGCAGGUACGUGCCCGGCGAGGACAUCGUCUGGGACGCCAACCUCGCGUCGAGCGUGUACCUCCGCGCCGUUAUCAACGAGGUCCUGCGACUGCUGCCGCCGGCGUGCGGCGUUCACUGGCGCGAAUGCGAGCGGCAGGGCUUCGCGGUUGGGCCUGACAGGGUGCCCAUGUCGGCGGGCAGCGACGUGGGCAUGAGCCUCUUCUCCGUCUUCAGAGACGGCAGGAUAUACCGCGAUCCCGUGAGGUUCUGGCCGGAGCGCUGGAUUCCAGGGACGCUGCCCGAGGACGAGUUCUGCCGGGCCAAGAACAUGUUCACGCCGUUCUCAAUCGGGCCUAGGAACUGCGCUGGGAGCCAUGUGGCCAUGAUGAUGGUCAGCAUUGCGUAUGCUUACGUGCUGGUCAACUACGACUUUCGCUUCGGCCGGGAGCAGCGUACCCUCCGUCCUCACCUCGUGUCCAACUCUGUGGCGGAGGAGGGUGCCGAGUUUGAAUUGACCUUUGAGAGCCAUUAUUCUAUUGCCAGCUGGGAGAGUGGCCCUUUUGUCCAGUUUAGAGCCAGGCAGUGUGAGUAA